AUGUCCUCUUCAAAACCACUCCGAAUCCCCCCAUUUCAUUUCUCGCGCGGCGGUCCCGGCACCACGGCCUUUUCAUCACCAAAGAUCAGAGGCGCCAGCGAACCUAUGCACUCUUCGGGCAAGUGUGGCAGUCUACGCAACAGCGACGCCCAAAGGACACGUCCCGGGAGAUGGAGGCCCAGCGCCUGUUGCUCCAACCCUCGAUGCAGCGACUGCGAGCCUAAGAGAUUGCCUCUCCAUGGCGUUUCCGACCUUCAAAGUGCCAUGUCUGGCCACGAGAUGCCACGAGCAUGUCACAUGAAUGAAUGGCGAGCCCCGUCGAGGACCUCAUUCUACCCCUCGCUGCUCAGAGUCUGUCUCGCCUGCGGCAUCACAUCCAUGCAGUUCUGGGUACACCAUCAGUUUCUGGGGCAAAGAGUAGGCAAGAGCGUCACAUCCUCGGUUGAGCUGCUCGCCGGUUUGCUCACUGCAGACUAUCCGGUACGAUACUCGCAAGUUUUCGCCCUCAUUCGACCAGCCCCAAGAUUUGUCACGCUAACUGCCUCCCUUGCCAAGGUUUGCGACCCCAAUCGGCUCAAGCCUCCGACCUUCUUGUUGGUACGGUUUCCAGACUCGUUUUUGUGCGAAAACCUCAUAUUGGCAAAUUUGGGUCUCGUCAUGUUGUAUUGGAUGCUCGUGGUUGAUCAAUUUUGGACAGGCAUGUGGAGGAAGAGAUAUUUGCCGUGGGUUUUACUGGUAGUGGCAAUGACAACGGGCUUAAUUGGCGAGUUCCUUGUUGGGGACCUGGCAACCUUGCUCCUCAGCGUAGUACCACUCAUUUGGAAUGCUUGUAUGAUCAGUUGCCUUGUGUACGAUGUGGUCAUGGGGAAGGUUGGAACCGAGCUAUAA